AUGUGUUUCGGGAGCAAGAAAGAGGAGAAUAAUGAUCCUGCACCACGUCCAGCGCAGAGACCAGCAUCAUCCCAAAGCCAGGGCGAUGUGAAGAAGAGCAAAUACAACCCCCAGAACGAUCCAAACCAAUUGGCUGGAGAAUCCAGCUAUUCAGCGCCUCCAGGACCGCCUCCGGGUAGGAAACAGGCCUCAGACUUUGCGCCACCUCCAGGACCACCACCUGGUCAGUCUUCAUCGCAGCAAUACUCUGCUCCUCUGGGACCGCCACCAAGUAAAGCCGGAGCGCAGUAUGAUGCUCCCCCAGGACCUCCCCCAGGACAUGGAUCAUCGUCGCAACAAUACGAUGCUCCUCCGGGCCCUCCUCUGGCUCAAGGUGCGGCACUAGAAUAUGCGCCUCCUUCUGGCCCUCCGCCCAAGCAUGACUGGGAGGUAGCAGUCCCAGAUACAUCACUAUUCCCACCACCUCCUGCUAUCUUUAGCGGCUACGAGAGAUCCCCUACGAGCAAUGCUACCGAGGAUGAGGCUAAUGCCGGCGAGGAUUGGUGUCUGUCGUAUCCCAUGACUGCUCCUAUUCAUAUGGAUCAUACUGGAAGGGCAGCUCUCCAGGCGGGCAACAUUCGUCUCAUGGAGCCAGUGGGCUUCAAUGGCCAGCUCACCUGGUUGCAGCCCGGGCAUUGGCAGGGCUGGACAAAGAAAAACUCACCGGAUCGUUGUGUUAUCGGUUAUCCUCCACUCUACUCGGUCACUGAGCAUGACCCUGUGCGCCUAGGCCAGCCAAGAACCAUCUACUAUGAAGUCAAGCUGGCGCGUGACAGCCCUGAGGUAUUCCUCGCUCUUGGUUUCACUGCGCUGCCAUAUCCUUCAUUCCGCAUGCCAGGCUGGCACCGGGGCAGUCUAGCAGUGCACGGUGACGACGGACACAAGUACGUCAACGACCGCUGGGGUGGUCGCGACUUUACCCAGCCUUUCCAGCGUGGUGACACGUACGGUAUCGGCAUGACUCUCCGUCCCAUCGGUGGACCAAAGCCGCAGGUUGAUAUCUUCUUCACCCGCAACGGUACCAUGACAAGUGGAUGGGCACUCCAUGAGGAGACUGAUGCUGAGGAAGAUCUACCCGUUACAGGCCUGGAAGGUUUUCAUGACUUGAGCUGCGCUAUUGGCACAUAUGAUGGCGUCAAGUUUGAGGCUAUGUUUGAGCCGUCCAAAUGGAUGUACAACCCUUAUCAGGUUUGAUGGCUUGACAUCGGGUUAGCUACGACGAUUCGAACUGGUGGAACUUUGUGAUUUGCCGUAUACUUUAGUAAUAAUUCUGAUUUAUGUAAUUUGGAAAUAAUAGAUUAAGGCACACGUUUAUUUCUA